AAGAGAACAUGAGCCAGUGAUGACACUGGGAACAAACAAACAAUGACACUCACAGAUCCAUUUUCACCAGAGUGCAGAGUGUUUCCUGUGCCUUUUCCGUUAUUUCACAACCUGUUUCUUUUUACUCACCCUCUGGGCUCCAGGACAGAAGCUGUUUCAGACAUCUGGCUCCGGCCUCUCCUGGUCAACACCAUGAUCAAGACCCCUAGUGACCAUCUGCUGCACUCCCUGGAGGGGCUGGUGCCCAACGACUUUGAGAGGUUCAAGUUUAAGCUCCAGAACACCAGCCUGGAGAAGGAUCAAUCCCGGAUCCCCCGGGGCCAGCUCCAGAAAGCCAGGCCAGUGAGGCUGGCCACCCUGCUGAUCACCCACUAUGGGGAAGAGUGUGCCGUGCGGCUGACCCUGCAGGUCCUGAGGGCCAUCAACCAGAACUUCCUGGCAGAGGAGCUCCACAAGGCAACUGACCCAGAGUCUCUGAUACAAGAAAGUGGCGCAGACGGUUCAGCAAUGUCUUGUUCCUCCGGGGAGAAUAAGCCCAAAGGCCUGAGGAUACCAGAUGUCCUGGAAGGUGAUAGGCAGCGGCAAAGUGGUGACGGGGCCCCCAGUCUGCCAUCCAGCCAGCCUGAGGCUGGAAGGGGGACCCAGAAGAAGCCUCAGGGAAAACGGAGAGAUCAGAAGACCUCCGAAGGCCUGGAUAUGCUGGGCAAGCCAGGGGCUAGGAACGCGACUCUGUCCUCCAGGAAAUGCCCAUUCCCUGGCAAGCUGCAGGGGGACAGGGGGAUCGAUCCCAGUGUCAGGCUACGCAGGAAUGCCAGCUCUUUAGGAAGGCUCCAAGGACUGAACUAUGGGUCGCUUACUGGGUCCCUAGGAAGGACAAAAUCCAAAAUAAAUGAAGCACAUUUACCUUCUGGACAGAAGCGCCCCAGAAGUCUUGAAAUGACCAUUUUUUCAGGAGAGAGAGAAGUCCCCAAUCCAGAAACUCUUCUGUCUCAAGAGAAAAUGAGAAGUGACAAUCCAGACUCAGCGGCCACCCUCAGUGAAGUGGCCACUCUGAAUGUAGGGGCUACUGUGACUCCAGAGAAAGGCUUUAGGAAUCCAGAACAUUCCAUGAGCCUGAAAGGGGGAGCAUUCAGGAAUACACUUCCCAAUGUAACAUUGACUAGAGCAAAGACGACCUGGGAGCAUCCAGAAUCUACAGGACUUUCUAAGAAAAACGGAAUUGCGGGUCAAGAACCCCCUGAGGCCUUGACAGAGGUGGUAGGCAGUGAGUUCCAUGAGCCUUCAGAUCCAGAAGUUCCUCCUUCUUCAGGAACUUCUUCCACUGCCGUGUCUCCAGGGAAGCCACGGGAUGAGGCUGUGUAUGUCCUUGGCCGUGCCCAGGAAGGAGACCCGGUUGGUGGCACGCAUGUGCGCGAUUCCUGCAGACGCUCCGUGGCUUCCAGGGAUCCCAAGACCUCAGACAGCUGCUCAACUAGCUGGCUCCAGAGCCAGGCCCCACUCUUGGUAAAGAACUCAGGAGACUGCAAGCAGCAGGAGGGCCUGCAUAUGACCAGCUUGAGCCCCAAGGCCCUGCCACAGUGUGAGCGACAUAUGAGACAGGCCCAGUUGCUCUUCUGCGAGGACCACAGGGAGCCUAUCUGCCUCAUCUGCAGGCUGAGUCAAGAGCACCGAGGCCACCGGGUGCGCCCCAUCGAGGAGGCUGCCCUGGAAUAUAAGGAGCAAAUUCAAAAGCAGCUGGAGUAUCUGAAGGACUUGAGAAAAUCUGGGGAGGAGCAGAGAUCUCAGGGGGAUAAGAAGACCGCGGACUUCCUGAAACAAAUCGAAACCCGGAAGCAGAGAAUCCGGCACCAGUUGAAGCAGCUGUACCAUUUUCUGGAAGAGCAAGAGAAGUUCUUCAUGGCCUCCCUAGAGGAGCUGGGCCAGACCCUUGGCCACGUCAGGGAGUCAUACAGCACCCGAGCGUCCAGAGACAUCGCCCUUCUCAAUGAGCUGAUUGAGGAGAUGGAGGUCAAACAGAGCCAGCCAGAAUGGGAGCUCAUGCAGGACAUCGGAGUCACCCUGCACAGGGCCAAGAUGGUGACUGUCCCUAAGCCAUGGGCCACUCCUCCAGAGGUGGAAAAAAAGAUGCACUUGUUCUACCAGAAAUCAGAGUUUGUGGAGAAGAGCAUGAAGUACUUCUCGGAAAUUCUACAUUCAGAAAUGGACACCAUCAAUGUUCCAGAACUCAUUUGCGCUCAGACACAUGCCGUUAAUGUGAUUCUGGACACAGAAACUGCCCACCCCAAUCUCAUCUUCUCUAAUGACCUGAAAAGCGUGAGACUUGGAAACAAGUGGGAUCGUCUGCCUGACAGUCCAGAAAGAUUCGACAGUUGCAUCAUUGCCCUAGGCCUUCCAAGCUUCCUCUCUGGCCGCCAUUAUUGGGAAGUGGAGGUAGGAAACAAGACAGGGUGGAUCCUGGGUAUCUGCAAGGCAUCCAUGAGCAGGAAGGGGAACAUGACUCUGUCACCUGACAAUGGCUAUUGGGUGGUGAUGAUGACAAAGCGAAGCGAAUUCCAGGUGUCCACCAUUCCCCCAACGCGCCUGCAGAUGACGGAACCCCCCAGACGUGUCGGCAUCUUCCUUGAUUACACCACCGGGGACAUUUCCUUUUACAAUGUAACAAACAAAUCCGUUAUCUACACAUUCACCAGCUUCUCUUGCUCUGGGCCCCUUCAGCCUAUCUUCAGCCCUGGAACACAUGAUGGAGGGAAGAACACGGAUCCUCUGAUCAUCUGUCCAGUGGGUGGCCAGGGGCCUCCCUGAAUGCCCAACACUUUGCAUCUCUCUUCUGGCUCCCAGCCUUGUAUCUUGAAUCCGUAUACUCAACUGUCAUUAUCGAACACUUACUGGGUUUCAGCUGCUGUGGGUAAUAUAUUGAAUAAGAGAAUAGCGUCUAUGUCCAAAAUGCCUAUGGGAUGGUUGCAGAAAUAAGCUAGGUACACAAAUAUUGGUAAAACAAGGGUGAAGAGAGCACAUGUACUGAUGAUACCUCAAAGGAGGAAGUACAUGGCUGUUGCUUAAUAAAGCCUUGUAUGAAUUAGCACCCUAAGAUGCCCCCGAGACAGAGACCUCACCCUCAGGUUCCCUCAGAACUCUAUGGCAAAGAUGUGUCCCUUCAUUCCAUCCGCCUCUUUUCUUGAGGACUUGGAAAGCUGAAAAAUCAAUCAAGCAGACUGGGCCUCAUAAAUAAACCGAUUCGAAAAUUUGGUCAUAAUUGCACUCGGUUUGCACUCAAUUUGUUGUCACUUAGUCGAUCACUGUGAGAUCCCACUUCCCUACUGAACACCAUGAGAAAGACGGAGCUGCUCGAGUGGGAAAAGAGACACACGUUUCAAGUGUCAGCUUUUUAAAAAAAUCUGUCCUGAUCCAUGGAGAAUCUGUGGAAUAUUGGGUGUUCUAGUUCAGGUACUCCCUCUGCCAUCCCCCAUUUAAAGAGAUGCAAAGAAAAAGGAUGUAAGAGGGAGGGAGAAAAGAAUCAAAAGAAUAUUAGACUCUAAACCUCUCCUACUCCGACUCAUCUUUCCAUUUUCACGCUAGAACCUAGACUGGACUCAAGUUCUCCACAGUUGUGGCCAGAACAUGAAACAAGGCCUUGGUUCCUUCCUGGAGUUUGGUUCUAUGCACACAAUUGAUACUCCAACACAGUUCAUGUGUUCUAUUUGCUUAGCUGUUCCCAAUUUCCCCUUGAUGAAACCUUUCCGUGAACAUCUUCCUGUAUUUUCUCCACCACCUCCCCGUACAUAUAUAUUUUCUCCUGUUAUUCAUAAAAUGGCUUCAGAAUGUGAACUAUUUGAUGACACUUGUUACAGCUGGCCAUACAACCCUUCAGAAAGAUUAAAUAAUGUUUCACGCCCAAAGUAAUGUUUGUCAUUUAAGCAUUUUUUUUUUGCGAACUCCGUAGAGAUGUAAUGGGGUUUUACCUAUGUAUUAUUAUGU